AUGUCCCAAAAAAAGAAAGCUUCUCAUCCGGCUAUCAACCUGAUUGCAGGUGGUACUGCAGGUAUGUUUGAAGCAUUGUGUUGUCAUCCCUUAGAUACAAUUAAAGUUAGAAUGCAAAUCUACAAACGAGUGGCCGGUAUCGAACACGUUAAACCUCCAGGUUUCAUCAAAACCGGGAGCACCAUCUACCAUAAGGAAGGUUUCUUGGCUCUGUAUAAAGGUCUCGGUGCUGUGGUCAUCGGUAUUAUACCAAAGAUGGCUAUCCGGUUCUCGUCUUAUGAAUUCUACAGAACCCUAUUAGUCAAUAAGGAAACGGGAAUUGUUUCUACCGGUAACACAUUUGUGGCUGGUGUUGGUGCUGGUAUCACUGAAGCCGUUCUUGUGGUGAAUCCCAUGGAAGUCGUAAAAAUUAGGCUGCAAGCUCAGCAUUUGACUCCGACGGAACCAAACGCUGGCCCUAAAUACAAUAACGCCAUUCAUGCCGCCUAUACUAUCAUUAAAGAAGAGGGGGUUUCUGCGUUGUAUAGAGGUGUUUCUUUAACCGCAGCAAGGCAGGCAACAAACCAAGGUGCUAACUUCACAGUCUAUUCUAAAUUGAAAGAAUAUCUGCAAAACUAUCACCAAAUGGAUGUCUUACCUUCGUGGGAAACAUCUUGUAUAGGUUUGAUUUCAGGUGCCAUUGGACCGUUUUCCAACGCCCCAUUGGAUACUAUCAAGACAAGAUUACAGAAGGAUAAGUCGACAUCUUUGGAAAAACAAUCUGGCAUGAGGAAAAUCGUACUAAUCGGUACCCAACUUCUAAAAGAAGAAGGCUUUAGAGCAUUAUAUAAGGGAAUAACCCCAAGAGUAAUGAGAGUGGCACCGGGUCAAGCCGUUACGUUUACCGUUUACGAAUAUGUAAGAGAUCAUUUGGAAAAGACGGGAAUAUUCAAGAAGAAUAAUAAACCAAAGCCAAAACCAUUGCAGUAG